GCUGUAUACACUUCGCUCCUCUGGCCGCCCGCGCUUUGUUUCUCCUGAGGCUUCUUGUGUUCCUGUUGGAGGCAUGGUGCGCAAGAACGGGGUGUUAUCUACCUACAUUGGCUCCCUUUAAAGAAGAGGACGCCUCGGGUACCUUAAUCUGCUUUUGCUUUUCCGCGCUGGGGCGUCCUGCUGGAGGUUUCUUUAUCGUUCUGGACUUUGUUGUAUUUUUAACUUGUGGGCUUCUGUCUGGCGGGUGGUGUUGAUGAGGUCAUCUUUUCUUCAUGAAGGUUAAAAAGACGGAAUCUGCCGUUUUUUAUCUCUCCUUCGAGGUCGUAGCGGCCUUAUUGGGAAAUAUUGCACGCCCCCUUUCCUUCCCACGUGGGCCGAAAUCGAUAUACCGACCUUACCUACCGAGCGCUUUGACGGACAGUGGUGCCAGAUUCACCAUGGAGGCGUUUAUUAUUGAAGCGUUUACCUUGUUGGGAGUUGCGUUGGUGGUUGUUGGGAUGAGGACGUAUGUUAGGCUAACGACUGUGGGGAUUAAGGGGUUCCAGGCGGAUGAUUAUUUAAUGUUGGUUGCUGCGGGGGCAUAUACCGUGGAAACAUAUCUUGCGUACUCGGUGGGUGCGUUAUGGAAGGGGUUGGCGAAUAAUGCGAUGACGGAUGAGCAGAGACGUCUGCUUGAUCCGAACAGUGAGGAGUUUAGGCUGAGGGUCAACGGGUCCAAAACUCAGGUUGCUGGGUGGUCGACGUACACAUUUCUUCUGUGGACGAUCAAGGCGGCGAUAUGCACCUUCUAUCUUCGCCUGACUGAAGGGUUGGAAUAUCGCAAGCGCAUCUUCACGGGCUUCGUGUUGAUCUUCACCACCUGGGUUGCCGUCCUCCUGUCAAUAUUGCUGGGCUGCCGUCCUCUCGAGAGGAACUGGCAAAUCUAUCCAAAUCCCGGCAGCAAGUCUCCAAUCUGCUGUACCCAAAACACCGAAUGCUAA